CCGCCUCGGCCCGCCAUGCGCUCGCCGGCCCCGGCCGCGCUGGGGCUGCUGCUGCUGCUGCUGCCGCCGCCGCCUGCCGAGGCCGCCAGGAAGGCGACGCCCUGCAAGCGCUGCCGGGAGCUGGUGGACAAGUUCAACCAGGGAAUGGUGGACACCGCGAAGAAGAACUUCGGAGGUGGGAACACGGCUUGGGAGGAGAAGUCGCUGUCCAAGUACGAAUCCAGUGAGGUCCGCCUGCUGGAGAUCACCGAGGGCCUGUGCGGCAGCAGCGACUUCGAGUGCCACAGUCUGCUGGAGGAGCACGAGGGGCACCUGGAGGCCUGGUGGCUGCGGCUGAAGAAGGACUUUCCGGACUUAUUCGAGUGGUUUUGUGUGAAAACGCUGAAGGUUUGCUGUUCGCCAGGAACGUACGGGCCAGACUGCCUCGCGUGCCGGGGCGGAUCCCAGAGGCCGUGCGGCGGGAACGGACAGUGCAGCGGGGACGGCAGCAGGCAGGGGGACGGGUCGUGCCAGUGCCACCUCGGCUACCAGGGCGCCACGUGCUCCGACUGCACGGACGGCUACUUCAGCUCCCUGAGGAACGAGACGCACAGCGUCUGCACAGCUUGCGACGAGUCGUGUAAGACGUGCACCGGCCCGAGCAACAGAGACUGCGGCCAGUGCGCCGUGGGCUGGGCGCAGGAGGACGGCGCCUGCGUGGACGUGGACGAGUGUGCGGCGGACACGCCUCCCUGCGGCGACCAGCAGUACUGCGUGAACGCCAACGGCUCGUUCCUGUGCGAAGAAUGUGAUUCCACCUGUGUGGGCUGCACGGGGAAGGGUCCAGGACACUGUAAAGAGUGCGUCCCCGGCUACACCAAAGAAAGCGGCCAGUGUGCAGACGUAGACGAGUGUGCGGGGCCCGAGAAGGCGUGCACGCGCCAGAACGAGAACUGCUACAACACGCCUGGGAGCUUCGUGUGCGUGUGUCCCGAGGGCUUUGAAGACACGGAAGACGCGUGUGUGCAGACGCAGGCCCCGGGCGGCGAAGUCGCAGAAGGAGACCCCACGCGGCAGCCCUCGCGGGAAGACUUGUGAAGCGCGUCCAGAGCCGGAGGCUGGACCCGCCCUUUAAGUUAUUGAGACUGGCGUCCUCACAGGUCCCCGUUUCUCCAGGGGACGCGGAGGGAAGCUGCGCCCGGGAAGCGGCUCACGCACGCUCGGCCCUUCCGACAGCGGCAGUCCCUGGCGGCCCUGACCCAGAGUUGUAUAUUUUGAUACCGUUGUUUCUAAUAAAAUUGACCACUGGAGGUCGUCAGGCCCA